AGGGCUGGGUGGGCCCUCUACAGUUUCCCAAAUACGAGAGUCAUGCAGGACUCACCACCCAGCCUUUGUAUUCCUUUCAAAAACAAAAAAGCAAGCUGGUUUUGUCAAAACAGUGGUCAGAAAGCUUGGAUUUGAUAACAGAUGCUUGAUAGUUAAUCCUAUUGGCAGCAGUGGGGGAUUGUUAUUGAUGUGGUCAUUGGAGGUACACAUCCAUCAAAUAAUGAACACUGACUUUUACAUUGCGGUGGAGUACUCACACCAAAACACAGAAAAAGCUUGGGGGAUCUUUGUAUAUAUCAAUACCUGUCAACAAACUAGGCAUGAUCAAUGGAAGCAGCUGGAAAGGGACAAAGCUAGUUGGGGAUCAAAAUGGUUUAUAAUCGGUGACUGGAAUGAUUUACUGAGCAGAGAAGACAAGAAAGGAGGGAUCCCAAGAUCUGAGAGAAGCUUGCAAGGAUUUAGAGACUUCAUUGAAGCCAUGGAGGUGGAAGAAAUCAGAAUGGUGGGCUACAGAUAUACAUGGUGCAAUAACAGAAGCUCUGAGGGCAUGGUAGAAGAAGCCCUAGAUAGAGGAUUUGGCUCAAUGGACUGGAUGGCUGAAUUCCCCAAUGCAUCUAUCUUGACUAAGGCAAGAAGUGGUUCAGAUCACUCCAUGAUACUCCUCACCACAGGAAAUAAGCAAGGGAAAACAAAGAGCAGGUUCCACUUCGAUAAGAGAUGGCUAUCCAAAGAAGGCAUCAAGGAGGUGGUGCAAAAAGCCUGGCUAAUCCCCACACAUGGCACUCCAUUCUACAAGCUUAAAGAGAAGAUUAAAAACACUAGGAAGGCUCUAUUAAUAUGGAGUGCCAAUUUUAAAACUCAGAACCAGUCUCAAAUUGACAGCCUUACAAAGAAGUUAGAAGCUCUUCAAGAAGAUAAAAUCAAUGAAAACUGGGAAGCUUGGAACUCCACCAGAAAAGAACUGGAAAAGGCCUACAAGAUGGAAGAGAUUUUUUGGCAACAGAAGGCCAGAGUUCAUUGGCUCAAAGAAGGAAACAAGAAUACAAAAUUCUUCCACGCCUAUACACUAUCCAGGAGAAAACAAAAUGCAAUAACGAGGCUGCUCAUACACACAAACAGAGAAUGCACAACCCCACAGCAGAUUAAAGCUCACAUUGUUGAUUUCUAUUCAACCUUAUUCUCAUCAGAAGGGUCAUGGGGAGGUGACUCAAUACUAUUUACAGGGCAAAUGGUCAAUAUGCAGAAGUCAACAAUUUUUUUCAGCAGAAAUACACCUGACUACCUGCAAGAAAGAAUAUGCCAUACCCUGCAAGGCAUAACUGCUCACAAAUCUACCAGGUACCUAGGGCUUCCCCUAGGAAUUGCUAAAUCCAAAAGGGAAGCCUUUCAAUUUAUAUUAGAUUCAGUCAAAUCAAGGCUUCACAGUUGUAAAUCAAAGCUACUUUCUCAAGCAGGCAAGGAAGUGCUACUAAAAGCAGUAAUUCAAUCAUUGCCAAUAUAUUCUAUGUCUU